AUGAGUGCAUUCCCGUCUUUUGCUGUUCUUGCACCUUCUCCAUCGACAAUUCCGUCGUCGGAAGAAACUGCUCCCAAAGAUUGCGCAGCUCUACAAGCCAUAUUCCCUACUGUUGUUCUGGGCUCAAACUGUUGUACAUAUGCUGGCAUCACUUGUCUUGGUAGUAAAAUCGUUGACCUUGCAAAGUAUUUUGAUGACGUUUAUUCACUCAAAUUAAACUUUAAAUCUGAUUGCCAUCUCAGUGCUUUGAAUACCUUGAACCUCAGCGGUAACAUUCCACCUGCAUUGACAUCUCUUGACGCACUUGAAAGUUUAUAUCUACAUGAAAAUGCCUUUACUGGAGAAAUCCCAUCAUCGUUUGGUAACUUUACUAAAUUACAAAAUCUACACAUUGAAAAUAAUCAACUGAGUGGAACUAUCCCAUCGUCAUUAACUACUCUUCCAACCUUUUCUCACUUUUAUUUUGGUGGUAAUACCAAUCUUACUGGCCAGUUCCCAAGUGGUGGAUUUUCAGGUUUAAUUGAUUGCAAUUCAGCUGGAACUUCAGUUUGUAUUGGUGCUAAUUACGUUGGUCAACAGUGCGGUGUUCCUUUUUGUGUACCUCAAGCAACAGGUGCUACGAACUCAAUGACUGCUUCUCCAGCACCCACAUCUGUUUUGGCAGCAGCAAAUUCAUCGUCUACUUCAGGAUUCAAUAUCACAUACAAGAUUGCAACCGUCGCGGCUGCAAUCGUUGUGAUGGUCACAAUUAUUUUCUUUGUUAUGAGAUACAGAAAGCGUAGAGCUUAUUUGGCUGCACAACCACCCGCUUCAUCAGGCUUGCAAGUAGUAUCUCAUUCAUCUCAACCCAUCAAGAGUAGAGAUUUAGUAUAUUACUCUACUGAUACACCCAAUGCAGGUUCAUCAAGAGUGACUGUGAUUUCAUAA